CUGGCCCGCUCCGCCCCCCAGCUCCAGACCCUGCUGCUCUCCGGGAACCGCCUGAGUGUCCUGCCCGGCGGCCUCCUGCCCCCCGGCGCCUCCGGCCUCCUCCCGCUGCUCAGCCAGCUGGAGGCCGCCGACAACGGGCUGCAGGAGCUGGGCUCAGCCAUCGCCAGCCUGCCGGCUCUCAAGAUCCUGGAUGUUUCCAAUAACGAGUUAUCAGAAAUCCCUGUUGAGCUUGCUGACUGCCCUAAGUUAAAGGAGAUCAACUUAAGAGGGAACAAACUGAAAGACAAGCGGCUGGAGAAAAUGGUCAAUAGCUGCCAGACAAAAUCCAUUCUGGAGUACUUGCGGGUUGGAGGCCGAGGAAGCGGCAAAGGAAAAGGGAAAACAGAUAACUCUGAUAAAGAGGAGAUUAGGAAAAAAAAGAGGGAUAAACGCCAGAAAAAAGAUAGUGGAGAUGGGGAACAGGACAUGCUGGAAGAGGUGAAUAAACUGAUGAUCAAGAUUCUGCACAUUGCUGAAAAUCCAGCUCCACUCGUAGUUAAAGUUAGUCCAAAUAUCAAAGAAGUCCGGCCAUACAUUGUUUGUUGUGUGGUGAAGGGAAUGAAUUUGAAGCAAGGAAAUGCCUUGAAGAGAUUUCUUUCUGCACAGAUCAAACUGCAUGAAGACAUUUGUGAGAGACGCACAGCAGCAACCAUUGCCACACAUGACUUGCAGCUCAUCAAGGGGCCCCUGCUGUAUGAUGCUCAGCCACCUAGCGAAUUAAAGGUAACACCAUUGGGUCGGAAGGAGAUCAAGGCAAAGGAUCUUGUCCGUCAGUUGCAGUUAGAGGCUGAGGAACAAAGAAAACAGAAGAAGCGUCAGAAUGUUUCCGGAUUGCACAAGUACCUUCAAUUACUGGAUGGGAAAGAGAACUAUCCUUGUCUAGUAGAUGCUGAGGGUGUUGUGAUUUCUUUCCCACCAAUCACGAACAGUGAGAGAACAAAGAUUAGAAAAACCACUAGCGAUCUCUUUCUGGAAGUGACGAGCGGCACCAGCCUCCAGAUAUGCAAAGACAUCAUGGACACCCUCAUUCUAAAAAUGGCAGAACUCAACAAAUUCACGUUAGAGAAUAAGGAAGAAGAAUCCGUCUCUGAUGGUGAAUCUGACAUGACUUCUGAACCAGUGAAUGCAAACCCCAGCCAAAAUGCAGAGCAGGAGCAGUCUCCAUUAACCGUGGAGCAAGUUCGGGUUGUGGAUGCAGAUGGGAACUUAAAAGUCCUGUAUCCGUCUAAAACUGACCUUACUCUGGUCUCCUCUCUUCUAACCAUAAUACGCUAACAGCCAUCGAGGUUCUUGUAAAGUGCUUUGAUUUUGAAUUUAUUUUUGCAUAUUUUACAAAGACAGUUUGUAUAUGGUAAAAUUAAAUUAAGACCUGUUAUGUCCCUUUAAGAAAACAUAUAAAAUAUCUCCUUUUGGAUGCAUAAUUCAAAUUGAUUUGAUUCCUUUGUAGCCAGGAAUGCUACAUCCUUUCCAGUCUUGGUAAUAAAGCCCCAAUGUUCUAACUGGUUAGAAAUGUGAAUGGGUCUUUAAAUGCUAAACUUGGGAUCUAAGUCUUUCAUGUUUUGUGCUCAGGAUCAUUAUCUCAUCUAGUUCUGACAGAUAGUUAUGGUGACCUUGAAAGUUGAGAUCACAUUGACUUGUGCUAAGACGUUUUAAAGCAAACUGCCAGUUUAUGAAAUUGAUUUUGGGGGCAGGGGGACUUUGUGUUCAUCUGAAUUGAAUGUAGAAACCCACUUUGUGACUUACUGAGUAAAUUGAUAACAUGAAAACUGACCAAGAAGGAUACAUCUCAUCUACCAGUACUAACGACAUGAUGCAAAAACUGUGCAUCUCUUGUCUUAUGUACCACAGAAAGGUAUGAAGAGUUAAAGCUAUUGCUGAUGAGAAUCAUUUCAGAGAUUUUUUUUUGAAGCAACUCUACCUUUUUACUGUUUUAUAUGGCACUAAGCCUGAAGCACAGCAAAUCCCAUAGCCCUUUGGGGAGUUUAUCCUCUUCAGUCUAAUUGCAGCCAAACGUUGUUUUAAAAAAAAAUCUCAGCAGCGAGUCUUUCAGGUGGUGGUUAUUCAAAGGGAUUUCUGUAGCUGUGACACUGUUCCUGGUGCACCUUGCGGGUGCUGUGUUGAGCAAGAGGAUAGCUUUUUAAAACUAAUAAAAGAAAUUUCUUCUUCA